CAAGAGGUCGUGAGAAUUAUGUGCAAUUCAUUACCAACUAUCUAACUCGAAGCGCAUUAGGUGACAAGUAUAUCUUGGUAUAUCAUAGAAAGAGAGAUUUUAAAAAUAAACGUGUUGUGUUAUUUAUAACGUUUGAACAAAACUAUCUAUAAAAUGGCUCGCAGGUACGAUACACGUACCACGAUUUUCUCACCUGAAGGUCGUUUGUAUCAAGUAGAAUAUGCUAUGGAAGCAAUUAGUCAUGCUGGUACAUGUUUAGGAAUAUUGGCAAAUGAUGGUAUUCUACUAGCCGCAGAGAGAAGAAACACAAAUAAACUCUUAGAUGAAGUAUUCUUUUCUGAAAAAAUAUAUAAAUUAAACGAUGAUGUAGUCUGUUCUGUGGCAGGAAUAACAGCCGAUGCUAAUGUUCUUACAAAUGAGCUGCGUUUAAUAGCACAAAGGUAUCUUUUGCAAUAUGGUGAGCCGAUUCCAUGCGAACAAUUGGUAUCAUGGUUGUGUGAUGUUAAACAAGCUUAUACUCAGUAUGGUGGAAAAAGACCAUUUGGAGUAUCAAUUUUAUAUAUGGGUUGGGACCGUCAUUAUGGCUAUCAAUUAUAUCAAUCAGAUCCAAGUGGAAAUUAUGGUGGUUGGAAAGCAACUUGUAUUGGAAAUAAUUCUGCAGCAGCUGUAUCAUCUUUAAAACAAGAAUAUAAAGAAGGAGAAACUACUCUAAAAGAUGCAAUGUCAUUAGCUAUUAAAGUACUUUCAAAGACAUUAGAUAUGAACAAGCUAUCGGCAGAUAAAGUGGAAAUGGCAACAUUGACACGUGAAAACGGUAAAACAAGAAUUAGAAUUCUUCCAGCUAAUGAAGUUGAUGCUCUGAUAGAAGAACACGAUCGAUUAGAAGCAUUAGCUGAACAAGCCAAAAAGGAGAAACAAAAAUUAUAGAGAAAUCGGUUGUACAUGGGAUUAGGCUUGUACAUUCUAAAGAGGCAUUAUUCUUUUUUAUCAUGCAGAAUCCCAUACUGUAUGUUUGUAAAGCUUUUUCUUAAUAAAUUUAUAAGUUUCA